AAGAAAAAAAGCAGAAUAAAAAGAAGAAAAAAAAGCGGAAUAAAAAAAAGAAAAAAAGCGGAGGAAAAGAAAGCGAAAAAAAAGAAGUGAAAAUGAAAAGAAAUGAAAAUGAGAAGUGGAAACGAAAAGAAAUGGAAACAAAAAGAA